CGAUACGGACUGUUCGCACCGAUAGACAAAGUGAUUAAAGGCGAGCCCCGCGAUACUUACACUAAGAUCCACACCAUAAACACCACUUCCGAGAGAACUCCCUGGAAACAGACCCGGUUCGCAUAUUAAACUUCUGUCAGUUUGGACUCAUGGGGGUUAGCCAUGGAUUAAGAAGUCAUUUAUAACUUUACUAUUACUUUGUGCUGCGUUUUGAUACAAAACUUUUGAAUAACAAAUUCUGUGGAGAAAUACCUUUUUUGAAAUACUUUUCCUAUUAUAAAAUUUACAAUAAAAACG